AUGGAAUCAUUUUUGCAACGUAUGUCGUCACUUGUUACGAGAACUAACAAUAAAUUUAUCGAAGAAGAUAUCGAUGAAAUUGAAAAUGAUCAACAACGAAGAUUUAGUUAUUUACAACAACGUCGAUGUUCAGCACCUGAUAUUCGUCGACGUGGUGCUACAAUGGAUCGAUUAACUCGAGUAUUUGAUCAUAAAGGCACUUCUGAAGAACAAAUUACAAACCAUUUUUCCUCAAACAUUUUUCCUCGAAAGCAUUACAAUUCUAUCGGUAAGUUAGGUGUAAUUGGUUUUUGCAGAGUUAGUUUUUAUAUUUAUCGACAAUGCCAACAAACAUUGUAA